UGUUUGGGGACAGUUAGGAUUUUGUUUUAUUUUUCUUGUUUACUUUUUUUUAAUGAUAAACAUUCUUGAGUAGAUGCUAAAACAAUAAUAACGACAUGUACCUAAUUUGUCACGAUAAACAUAUUAAACGUCCUUCGUAGCAUUGUCACUCCAUUUCGUGAGCAUACACGAAAAUAUGCGGUUCAUUUUGGAACACUGAAAAUUACGAGGAUCACUGUAAGGCAGCAUUAAAAAAAAACGGUCAGAGGACAGCGACAAACUUCGCUGUCGUUUUAUUUGUUAGUUUUACAUUUUAACAUGGAUUCACAGCCUCCCCCGAAGCCAUGGGAAAGGCGGAUCCCGGGGGCUAUCGGCGCCCCUUUAAAUUACAGAUCCGCAGACUUUGGCCCAGCUGUCGGCGGCGCCUCAUCCCCAGCAGGCCCACCUGUUCUGACCAGGAUGGUCCCUCCGGUGCCUCCCCGCCCCUUGCAGCAGUCCUACCGUCCCUCCUACAGCGCUUUUACCUCCUCCUACAGCCCCUAUGGGAGCUCCAUGUACGGCGGCUACAAUCCCUACGGCUACGGCGGCGGCGGCGGCUACGGCCUGGGAGGGUACAGCCGCCUCCCUCACACGGAAGACGUCGCCCCCAGCCGGUUCGUGCAGCAGGCCGAGGAGAGCAGCCGCGGCGCCUUCCAGUCCAUCGAAAGCAUCGUCCAGGCCUUCGCUUCGGUCAGCAUGAUGCUGGACGCCACCUUCUCGGCCGUGUACAACAGCUUCCGCGCCGUGCUGGACGUGGCCAACCACCUGACGCGGCUGCGGGCGCAUCUCACGAGGGUUCUGUCGGCGUUCGCGUUGGUGCGAACCCUGCGCUACCUCUACCGCCGCUUGAAGCGACUGCUGGGCAGAGGGACGGAGGCCGACGUUGAAGACCUGUGGGCCGACAGCACGAGCGACGCGCUGGCCGCGGCUUCGUCCGGCGGCUACGGAGCAGGAGCGGAGGAGCAGGGCGUCAAGUCCUGGCCGAUCCUCCUCUUCUUCGCCGUAGUCCUUGGUGGACCCUAUCUCAUCUGGAAACUGCUAAGCUCCACCGCAGGUUCUGAAGAGAGCGUCACCAACUGGGCCAGCGGGGAGGAUGACCACGUGGUGGCCAGAGCAGAAUACGAUUUCUCAGCUUCUUCGGAGGAGGAAGUUUCUCUGCGGGCUGGAGACAUGCUCAACCUGGCGCCUAAAGAGCAACAGCCCCGGGUGCGCGGGUGGCUGCUGGCCAGCGUGGACGGCCAGACCACGGGACUCGUCCCCGCCAACUACGUCAAGAUCCUGGGCAAAAGGAGGGGCCGGAAGCACGCAGAGAUGGAGAGGCUCGCUCAGGUUAAACAGGGCGGCGCGCAGAGCUCCCAGGCGGCCUCGCCUGCGCCGCCGCAGUCCGUCUCAGCCCGAGGCUUCACCCCCGACCCCGCAGCAGCACCCGACCCGGCCUCUGCAGAGCAGCUGCUGGAGUCGGCGUACAGAGAAACUCCUGUUAGCUUCAGCGUCGGCACGUCGAGCUCCGGCACGCUCUCCGACGCUGUGGUGAACGUCCCCGAGAAGACCGACCUCUGACGAUCACGUCUUCACGUUCAGGGGGUUUAUAAUUAAUGAUUAGCUCGGCCGAUGUUUGUUUGAGAUCUUUAACUCUGGACGUUGACUAACACUCACCUGAUAGCAGCAGUGUCACAAUGGACCUCACCAGAAAUCGCUUAGAGUAGGUCUCUAUUUAGAUGAAAAGUGAAAUCUGAGUUCAAGCUUAGGGAAAAGUGUUUUAAAACACAAAUUUCUGAGGUUGUCUUUAUCUUUCCUCAUCCGGAGCUUGCAUGAUAAACUUUAGCGCUAGCUGCUACGUUGUCAGUUUAAAGGACGGAGGCGCCUUUCUGGUGAAGUUCGGGGCCGCUGCGAUGAGGGCCGUCCGGUCUUCUGUCUGGAAUCAAUGUUGUCGCUCAGUUUGAGGAGUGCAAGCUGCAUAUUUUCGUCUCUUUAUGAGUCACAUAAAGUAAUUUUUGUAAAUAUUUAAUAUAAAUAUUUUGAAAAUAAAUAUAUUCAAAACUGU